AGCAGAGGGCUAAUCUAAUGGUAGAGAAAGGAGUGCUCAGCAGAGUCCUUGGGCUACUUCCAGUGAUGCUUUCUGUCCUCCGGUAACAGCAGCACAUGCAGACAAGAAACCUGGCGGCUCUCCACCGGGUGCCUGAGACCUACGAGAAGAUGAGUGCAACUGCAGAAGGAGAUAAGUGAGGCUGUUGUCCUAUAAUCUGGGGACAAAGAAAAGGUUACUCACUACUCAAAAGGAAGUUUUGGGUGAGGUCUCUCAACUGCCACUCUUGUGCCCUGCCAUCCUGGGCUAACAGAACACCGAGGGCCAGCCAAGCUGCACAUGUCAAAAGAAGUCAGAUAUGGCCACAGAACAAACUGAACACAACCUAAAUGCUACCCUCCACCUCAACUUUGCUGCAAUCUACAACAUCCGUGAUGGGGAUUUCACCUCUUUGCAAAACUUCUCUUUCCCUUUCAAUUUCACUUACAGUGAUUAUGACCUGCCACUGGACGGUGAAGAUGACAUGACCAAAAGCCGCACCUUCUUCACAGCCAAGAUUGUGAUUGGGGUUGCUCUGGUUGGCAUCAUGGUGGUCUGUGGCAUUGGCAAUUUCAUCUUCAUUGCUGCUCUCGCCCGCUACAAGAAGCUGCGAAACCUCACUAACCUGCUGAUUGCCAACCUGGCCAUCUCAGACUUCAUCGUGGCUAUCGUGUGCUGCCCCUUUGAGAUGGACUACUACGUGGUGCAGCAGCUGUCCUGGGAGCACGGUCAUGUCCUCUGUGCCUCAGUCAACUACCUACGAACUGCCUCUCUCUAUGUUUCAACCAAUGCUCUCCUGGCUAUAGCUGUUGACAGGUAUCUGGCCAUUGUUCACCCUCUGAAACCACGCAUGAAUUAUCAAACAGCAACCUUCCUCAUUGCCUUGGUCUGGGUUGUCUCCAUACUUGUAGCUAUUCCAUCUGCAUACUUUGCUACUGAAACUGUGUUGUUUAUAGUGAAAAAUCAGAAGAAAUUUUUCUGUGGCCAAAUUUGGCCAAUUGACCAGCAGAUAUACUAUAAGUCAUACUUUCUCUUCAUCUUUGGCAUUGAAUUUGUAGCACCUGUGAUUACAAUGACCUUGUGUUAUGCCAGGAUCUCUCAGGAGCUUUGGUUUAAAACUGUCCCAGGAUUCCAGACAGAACAAAUCAGAAAGAGGCUUCAGUGCAGAAGGAAAACUGUUAUGGUACUGAUAUGCAUCCUGACUGCCUAUGUUCUCUGCUGGGCACCUUUCUAUGGCUUCACAAUUGUCCGAGACUUCUUCCCCACCCUCUUGGUGAAAGAGAAACACUAUCUUACUGCCUUUUACAUAGUUAGGUGCAUCGCCAUGAGUAACAGCAUGAUAAACACCAUGUGUUUCAUAACUGUGAAAAACAACACCAUGAAGUACUUCAAGAAGAUUAUGCUGCUCAGAUGGAGGUCAGCGUAUAAGGGAAGCAAAUCUAGCACAGAUUUGGACCUGAGAACAAGUGCAAUGCCAAUCACAGAGGAAGUAGACUGCAUAAAACUACAAUAAAUUUGCUGAGGUUCUAAUCUCACCUCUUUUAGAGGGGGUAAAGAGGAAGUAAUACCUUCUCAGAAACGUCUUCCUUGUUUGUGGGAAUACACACCACAGUUGAGAGCCCUCAAGGAAGCAGCCUACUUUGCAUUCACACCAGAACUCUUCUGGUCUGUUGGAUAAUCCUUAAGCUUGUACAGAUGCUGUACUUCAGUUCACGUAUCUGUCAAUUUGGGAUGUAGGCACUCAUUUUAGAGUUGUUUAAUAGGAACAAAGAAGUCUAUGAGUGGAUUAGAGCAUAUACAAUGAUGGAAAAGUUGAGUGCUGAUCCUAGCAGUGAUGCUUCUUUGUUUCUUAAGAGAAACCACUUAAUCCCUUUGAGCUUAUGACUUGUACAUUUAAGCUAUUUGGUAUCUUUUUCUUUCUGCUCAGAAGAGAAAGGAGCCAAGAAAGCCCAUUUUGCUUCCUGUCACUCUUUAACCUCUCAGUUUACCCCUCCUGAUGAAGCUUCUUGAAAUCUACAGACCACCAGCUUUCUACUAUCAUUGGACAACAUGCAUAGCAUGCUCUUAUGAAAGGCACAUGCUCUGAAAGCUAAAAUCUGCUUCCCAGGCAAGUGAAAACCUCAAGUCUCUUCCUGUUACACCUUGUUUAAGAAUCCAUUAUCAAUAUUCCACUCUUUAGUUUUAUGGAGAGUGUCACUCUGUCUGUUAUGUACUUGAAAAUGCCACAGAUACAUAUGAAAAUAAUCUCUUUCCUAAUCUCCAGGAACCCUGCCAGCUUCUGCUGCCUUGAGAUGCUGAGUUCCUCACAGAAUCAAUCACAAAAUUGUAGAAUUUGGGAAAAACAUCUCCACAUUGUCUAGCUCACUCUACAUACAUUGGCCAGGAUUGUGUCCAGCUAGGCUUUGGCUGACUCCAGGGAAUGCUGAUAGUCUCCCUGGAUCACCAGUGUCAGUGUUCAACAGCUCGCACUCAGUGAAAAUAUGUUUUCUUAUGUUCAGAUGGAAUUUCAUGUGUUUUUCCUUGCUUGUUGGUGGGAUCCAUAUAAAACUACAGCAUGAUGGUGGGAAAAAUCCAACCAGACAUCUUACCAAGUCUGUACACCUUCAUGAUAAAGGAUAAGAGAAGCCAAAAUACCAAGGAGAUCCCAAGAUGAUCCAUCUUUCUAGGAGCAAGACAGGCUUAGGCUUCAGUGAGCCAGAUUCUAGUUGAGUUGAGUGGCUUAUUGUCUGCUCCGAUACAAGGCAACAACUCUAGAUGAAUUCUACAUUUCCUUCCGCAGUGCUUCUUUUACUGUUAUGAUUUAGUGCAACUCCAUUUUGGAUGUUUUUUAACUGAUAAUUGUGACAAAGCAGGUGACAGUAACAGUAAUAUCAACUCACUUCAACUACACAUAAGAUAUCCUGGAUUUCUAUGUACGGAAAUAUAAUCUUUUCUGUCGUGAUGAUAAAUGCUUCCUGUUUUAAAGUAUGUGGUUGUGCGUACUUUUGCAGUAAAUAGUUUUGGUAAAAAACUUGUCUAUUUGUGAAUUUAAAGUGAGCAGCAAAUCCUGCAAAUAAAAUAUGGCUUCAGGAUCAGU